UAUGCCAACGCCAUCUGGCCACACUGCAGUGAAAAGGAAAACAAGAAGUCGCAAAUCCAAUCUCCAUUGCAAUUUUGAACACCAUUCCUUUGCAUAACUAUUGCCCACGCAACUGCAUCUCUGAUGCCCACAGACUGGCGAUGAAGCCCCAGAGCAAGCGGAAAUCAUUCCCAUUCAAUGCGCCUCCUCCGGGCGGUAUCAUGGACUUCGGAUUCGGGAGCUGCAGCACCUUCGGCAAUUCGGUGGAGAAUGAUCUGGUAAAAUGGCAGCAUAAGCGAAAAUCCGAGCAGCCGGCACCGGCAGUGCUACCACCCAAAAUGCUUAUAACCGAGGAGAGGAUCACCCAGCAUUUCAGCGGUCUAUCGCUGGAUCCGAAGAUCAAUGUCGCCGCCACGGCCGUUGUUAGCAACAACAACAGCGUGGCCAGCGUUACGGGCGGACUGGCCACGGAUGAUAUACCAUCCACCAGCACCGGGAAGACCCACCACCCCAAUCCCGCCUAUCAAAUGGCGGCCAUGGAACUGGAGCAGAAACUGCGCAAUGCCAAUCGCAUCGUAAUUUGUGAUGGCCUUAAGCCAGGAUCGGGUCCCGGUUCCGCUCCACCUGUAAUACCACCGGAGUGGCUAAUCAAGUCCAUACCACGUCCCUGCACCGCCUUGGUCCCUUGGCAGCCUUCGCCACUGCAGAUGCCGAUGCCGAUGCCGGAAGUCAAGAUGGUGUCGCCCCAAAUAGUGGCACCCAUGGCUGCGGCACCGGCGGUCCAGGAGCUGGAUGACUACGAUGACGAUCUGGAGUUCUUCGAGAACAACAACACGUGCAGCGUGAAUCUUAACAAGUCUGAGCAGGAGCACAUGGACGAAGACCUGUAGCGAUAGCCAUAUAAAACCCUAAACCAUAAGCAUUAAAGUGUAGAUUUGUAUGUCCGUAACCGUAAGAACCCAGUUGAUAGCAUGCAAGAAUACUCCGCCUCCUUAUUUUUUUAUUACUAUUGAAAAUAGAUAGAUGUAUGUGAUUCAAUCUGGAAUGUUCCGGAAUAUUCGUUAUUUGAAGCAAGUGAGUCGAGAACAGAUAACUUUCGAGAGACGCAACGGCGGACGUCAAACGAACACCUGACUUAAGAAAAGUUUUUCUAAGAUGAACUAAUUCAUUUUACUUUUUACAUCAAUUUAUAAGCACUUUUUACAGUAUAUGAGUUUCUGCAGUAAAGUGGAUCGAACGAGCUGAAUCUACCAUAUUGUUUAAAAUAUACUUUACAUUGCGUUUUUGGAAUCGACCUUUCUUUGCUGGCUACUAAAAUUAGAAAGAUACGUAUUUUUUGCAAUUGAUAAAGAAUAAAGAAUAAAACUGUAAGC